AUGUUGAAGGGUAGCGUUGUCCCCACGUUAUUGGUUUUGCUCGUGGUUUAUUGCGAUGACAGGGAAUCGGCUCGUUUGCAAAUAGGAAUCAAGAAACGUGUCGAAAACUGUCAGUUGAGGUCAAGAAAGGGGGAUACUCUGAACGUGCACUAUGUGGGGAUGUUAGAAGAUGGUACCGAGUUCGAUAAUAGCUGGUCCCGCAAUAAGCCGUUCAUAUUCACGCUUGGGAUGGGACAAGUCAUUAAGGGAUGGGACCAAGGACUGCUGAACAUGUGCGAGGGCGAACAACGUCGCCUUGCAAUCCCAUCUGAUCUAGCCUACGGUAGUUCCGGUUCUCCACCGAAAAUCCCACCCGAUGCCAGUUUGAAAUUUGAUAUCGAGUUGGUCAAGAUUGAACGCGAAGGAGAUUUAUAG